CCUGUGUGCUACCUACUCUAUGUCUGUUCUUGAGUUUCCCACUUAGACCUGUACAAAAGAUGUUGUCACGAAAUCUAAUUAUUGCCUCAGUUGCAGUUGUCUUUCUGGCAACAACUGCUUCAACUGCACCAGUUGAAGACAAAGAACCUGAGGAGAAUGACUUUGAGGCAGAGGAGGGUGAGGAAGAACUCUCGGAGGAAGAAGAGGAUGAUGAUGACUCCAAAGGUCAACAUUUGAAGGGAGCUGGAGCCCAGCAAGCCACAGUGGUGCCCAAAGGCCCAGGUGUGACUGCUCUACCUGGCACUUCUCUGGUGGGCCAAUCUCCAAAUGGUCAGAAACUGAAUGGAGACGGUGCCGCACAAACAAGCUUUGGCUCAUCAAGUGGCUCCUCAGCAACAGCAGAUGAUACUAAUGGACACAAUGGACGAGACUCUCAAGCCUUGCCCUCUGGCUCCAGUUCACAUGAUUCAAGUCUGUCCGGACAAGGUGGGUCCACGUCAGGAGCAGUAUCUACAGGCGCAGUCAUAAGUGCAGUUGGUCACGGGAGCUCAAAGGUCCCCGGUACAGCUGGGACAACUCACUCAGACACUAUUUCUCAUGGGUCCCCAAGCCAAGUUUCAUUGAGCCAUGCGUUGCCAGGCCAAGUGUCAUCAAGCCAUGUGUCAAGUCAAAUGGGAUCAGGCCAGACAAGUGGCUCAGCUUUCGUUUCCUCUGAAGUCCAAUCACAGCCAGCAGGUUCAGAAGCAGUAGCUCCACACGUGGAUGGAUCUGAGAAUGGUGAAAGUCGAAUAGUUCAUGAAGGAUCUCAAAUUGAAGCCCCAGGCUCUGAGUCAGUAGGAGAAAUGCCAGAGACUGAGAAGAAUGGCAAUGGACACAAGCAGUUGACUAAUGGACUAGAUAAUGGGCACACAGGAGGUUUGGAUCACUUCAUGGAGGGCACGACUCAAAUAGACUUGACAGGUGGUUUUGAUGCUUUUGGCUCAAGUUCCCAUCUGGAAAUUACAGGCAUGAUAGACCAAUCCAGCCAUGACUUCCUCAUUGGCCUAAUGGGUGGCAUGGGGGACAGCUUUGCUCCACAUCCCUACACUGAUGCUAUAGGUAUGCCUUCAGACCGCACCGCCACUCCCUCAGACGUUAUGCCCACAUGUCUAAUCACUGGUGCUAUCUCAGCAGAUCAUAUGGGACUCGCUUUUCAGGUAGAGUCAACAGCAGCUGGGCUGGAUCCAGGUCAGCCAGCCAGUAGCAGUUCGGCUCCAGACACUCCACCAGACCCUUCAGGUCCUGAUCACUCCUCUGCAGGAACUGGGCCAGAUUCUUCUGUCCCCUCAACCGGAACCUCUGAUAACGGUGCUCAAUUCAGCUCACCCGGCGAUAUGACAGGUGCAGCUGCAGCCUUUGAAAUGAUGUCCCAUUCAGACCCCACCUUUACAGACUACAUGGAGGGGGCUGAUUACAAUGGUAACAAUGACAACAAUGGUGCUGAUUCACCUCAUACAAAUGGCAAUGGACGCCACAGACCAGUGGUAGACAUACACAGAGGUGAUCCUCCUGGAACCGAUAUCCACAUUGACACAAGCUCACCAAAUCAUCAAGUUGUUCCCACAGAGACACAACACACAGCUGGUGAGCAAUAUGGCCUCGCCACACAAACUGACACAGCAGGAACUCUGGAUAUUAAGGACCCCACCCUCAGUCCCUUUGCCAAAAUCACUGAUGGCGCAGUCACUGGAGCAGGUACACAGACAGAUGUGGCAGGUUUAGCAGGUGAACCAGUAACCAUUGGUCACAUCCCGAUGGACAUGACAGCCAUGGGCGAUGCCGUUUACAGCUCUAGCCCUCCGGGUACAAUAGGGUAUGAUGGCAGAGGAGUGACUGAAGGAAUCUCAAAUAAUACAGCAGAUACUGUGCCUGAGGCUGGGCGUGGAUUUGCAGAUGUCUCAAGGUCACAUAAUAGUGUGGUUCAGACAGAGGUUCCAGUUACAGGAGGUCCAGCUGGAGCCUCCACACAGACAGAUGCCAUGGGCACUGCUACAUCUGAACCUCAAGGGACUCUCGGGGGUCCAAGUCAACUUGGUGCUACGGAACAAAUACAACCAGCUGUUUCAGCAGGUGAACAGUACCACACAUCUGGUCAGGGUCCUGAAGGUGCAGAAAAUGUGGAACUGGAAGAUACCUGCUGAUUUUCACAUGAAGCCACGCGUGAAGUUUCUGCGCUACAGAUUUCAGUGUACGGACCAGUCGGCCUGGCAGAGGAUCAGCAAACCCU